UAUUGUGGCAAACGGCCCGUGCGCACUUCACCCGCCCCAGUCACAGUCCACCCUGAGCGUCACAGAAACUGUAUUUUAAUAUAUUUUUCAUCGCUGUCUGUUCAUAACCACUCGCUACGAUGGCUGACCCGAAGUAUGCCAACCUGCCGGGCAUCGCAUCUAAUGAGCCGGAUGUGUAUGAGACCAGUGAUCUGCCCGAGGAUGACCAGGCCCAGUUUGAGUCGGAAGAGUUGUGCAGUGAGAGCGUGGAACGCAUCGUCGUCAAUCCCAACGCCGCCUUCGACAAAUUUAAAGACAAACACAUCAGCACCAAGGGUCUGGACUUCUCAGAACGCAUCAGUAAGAGUCGCAGGGUGGGUUAUGAGUCUGGAGAUUACGAGCUGCUGGCUGAGGGCUGCGGGCUGAAGGAAACUCCUCAGCAGAAAUAUCAACGACUGGUCAAUGAGAUCCAUGAGCUCUGCCAAGAUGUGGAGAACAUUCAGGUCAGCACUAAAGAAAGCAGUGCAGAAGAGCGUUUGACUCCAGUGGCUUUGGCUCAGCAGGCGGCGCAGCUCAAACAACAGCUGGUUUCUGCUCAUUUGGACUCUCUGCUCGGGCCCAACGCGAACAUCAAUCUCACUGACCCCGACGGAGCUCUCGCUAAACGCUUGCUGACUCAGUUGGAGGUGGCACGGGGCAUCCGGAGCGGUGGAGCGGGAGACGGCAAGACCGCGGCACCCAGAGGCCCAGACGGAGUGAUUCUGUAUGAGCUUCACAGCCGACCAGAGCAAGAGAAGUUUACAGAGUCUGCCAAGGUCGCUGACUUGGAGAGGAGGUUGGCUGAAUUGGAGUCGUCUGUGGGCUCAGGGUCAGAUAAACAGGGUCCUCUCAGCGCUGGGGUACAUGGAGCCAGUCUGACGGACACUAUUGAACUUCUCCAGGCUCGGGUCAAUGCGCUGGACGCUGCCACUCUGGACCAGGUUGAAGCGAGACUUCAGAGCGUUCUGGGAAAGAUGAACGAAAUAGCAAAGCACAAGGCGGCCGUCGAAGACGCUGAAACCCAGAAUAAGGUUUCGCAGCUGUACGAUGUCGUUCAGAAGUGGGAUGCGAUGGCCACUUCACUGCCGCAGGUGGUGCAGCGUCUAAUGGCCGUUAAAGAGCUGCACGAACAAGCGAUGCAGUUCGGUCAGCUGCUCACACACCUGGAUACGACACAACAGAUGAUCAAUAACUCGCUGAAGGAUAACGGCACUCUUUUAACACAGGUCCAGCAAACCAUGAAGGAGAACCUGGUUGCAGUAGAGGAGAACUUUGCUACCCUGGAUGAGAGAAUGAAGAAGCUCUCCAAAUAAAAGCUCUUUUUAUGUGAGAAACUCA